AUGAUAAAGUCAUUUUUACCGAUUUUUGUCGUGUACUUUUUGGGAAUUGAAGCUGCUUUCGCAGCAACAAAUAAUAGUGAUAAUAAUGGCUUACCUUGGAUUCCAAUCUCCACGCAACAAAACACAAGCCCUGAAGCCUUAGACUAUUAUUACUUAAAAUGGAACAUUUCUUACUCUGCCGGCGAAGCAUUGCCUAUCUUCAUUAUUAUAAAUCCUAACGGCAAGACUCCGCCGUCCCAAGUAUCAUUGUCAUUAUAUGAUGAAUUUAAUAAUAUUAAACUUAUUGAUAUUGCCGACACUCCUUUAACAUCCUCUGAAAUAGCAAAACCUUUCCCUGUGUACACAUGGACCGUGGCUUCAGAAAUUAAGUCAGAUUUCAAUUUUGAAUCUGGUGAUUUUACUAUGGUCAUGUCAUAUAAUGAUGGUAACACGAUUGUAAAAAAAGAUAGACGUUUAAAACUUUUAAAUGUAGUUGCUUCUCCAGGCG